AUGGCAGAGGAACAUCCUCCACCUACUCCUACACUAACAGUGGAAGCAAUAAAGAAUGCCGUGCUUCAGCUGUAUUGUCUUGAAGACAUGUCCAUGGUUGGCAAACUUGGGAGUGGCUUUUACGCAAACGUUUACCUCGUUUAUCAUCGGCCAUCGAAACGCAAAUUAGCUCUCAAAAUAUCUCCUUCUGGAAAUAUUCAAAGACGUGAAAUUGAAAUUCUUCGAGGAUUGCGACAUGAAAAUGUGCAGCGAAUAGCUCCUGCAAUGCGGAUUUUUAAACAUUUAAACGAAUGUUUUGCUUACAUUUAUUUAAACACAUUACAUGAAUUUGUGACUUUAAUUCUGUAG